AUGUCCGGCAUCACUGAGUGCAUCGACUGGCUUCCCGUGGUGGGUGGCUGGCUGGUGAAGGCGUGGGGCUACUACGCCUACGUGAUCGUCUUCUGCGGCUCCGUGGUCCACGACGACGUGGUGCGGUUCGCCUUCAUCGUGGGCUUCCACGUGCUGCUGGCGCUGCUGCUAUGGUCCGAGCUGGCCACCAUCGUCACCCCAGCGCCGUCCGUGCCUGCCUACUUCACCCUGAGCGAGCUGGACCUGCGGCUGCUGCAGGAGGCGCGCACCGAGGAGCAGCGCAAGGGUUUCCUCGAGAUCCUGGGCCGCCAGCGCGGCGUCCUCACCCGGGGUCUGGACGGUGCCGUGCGCUACUGCGAGGUGUGCCGACGCAUCAAGCCCGACCGGGCGCACCACUGCUCUGUGUGCCGGCGCUGCGUGCUCAAGAUGGACCACCACUGCCCGUGGUUCAACAACUGCGUCUGCUUCAGCACCUACAAGGCAUUCCUGCUGACGAACCUGUACGUCAUCCUGCUGUGCACGUACGCACUGUUCACAGCCGGAAGCCACUUCCGUCAGGUGCCCUGGAACCACUGGCGGGUCACUGGGCCCGCGGUACAGGUCGCCACCAUGGUUCUCGUGGCGGUGGCCUUUACCGUGUCCGUCGGCUCCUUCUUCCGCUUCCACGUCACGCUGUUGACGCUCAACCGGACCACGCUGGAGUCGCUGCGCAGUCCACUGUUCGUGGACAAAGGCGACACGUUCGACAUCGGCUGCGGCAACAACUUCGUCGAGGUGUUCGGCCGCAGUCGGCUUCUGUGGCUGUUCCCCGUGUUUACGAGCUUGGGCGACGGCUCGCGCUUCAACACCAAGCUGCACCCGCACAACCGCGAGCACUUCCGGCCUGGCGCCGUUUAAACUGCGGUCUCCCCUACGCGGCGCGCAUGCUGACACGCAAAGUGCCUCAGUUAAGCCAAAGCCCUGCCUUUAAAACCUUCCGCCGGCGUAUCGGGGGUGCAAUUGGGAGGCUUCGUUUCCACGUGCUUUCUCGACUGUGCGCACGUCAUCUUCGCUGGAACUGAGCAACAUCCUACGUCACAUCCUACUCCUCUAAAUAUUGUGCCGUGUAUUGCUUAUGUCGUGCCCGUUGUAUAAAUAAUAAACCGAGAUAAACAUGCUCAUAACUAUAAUCGUGAUGCAAUGAUAUAAGCAUAUA